AUGCGAACUCUUCAACUUGAUCAAUCACAAAUAUUGAGUUUCAAUGAACAUCACACAAGAAUUUCUACAAUUAAUGAUGGAUCUGAUUAUCUGUCUGCAAAUAAAAUAACAGAUGAUUUAAACACAGAAUUAGUUCAUCACAAUUUGGAUGAUGACUUUUUAAAUGAAUAUGCUCAUGAGGUGGAUGACGAUGGAAUUGCAUUUUAUGAUGCUUCAGAUGAUUUUCAUUGUAAUGAAGAUGAAGAAAUCAACGAAAAGAAUGAUGAAGGAGAAGACACUUUAACAGAAGAACAAAUGAAAUAUGCAGAUGAAUUUAUCAAUAUAGGAACAUCAUCGAUACCAAUUCGUCAAUAUGAUGAAUUAGAUAUUUCAGUUAUAUUAUUAAUGAUAAAGAAAAAACAUAAAUGUACAAAUAGUUUAGUGAACGAUAUAUUGAAAUUAUUAAUAGCAUUGAAGGUUCCACGUAUUCCAACAUCUUGGUACAAACUGAAAGCAUUGAUUCAACAAGCAGACAACACACAUGAAGAAAAACAGCAAAUGGUGAAUCUUACUUUAUAUUUUUGUCCAGAAUGUGAACAACAAUCAACUGAUCCAAAUAAAUGUACUAAUGAAGAUUGUUCAUCUUACUUAAAUUCAUUAAUUAUUCCUCAUACAUUUAUUAUGUUAAAUAUCCAACAGCAAAUUGAACAAGUUCUAAAAUCAAUCCAUCAAACAGAUCUUAAUUUAUCAACACAAACAUCAAAUGAAUUUCCUACAUCAAUGAGUGAUAUUUAUCAUGGACGUGUUUAUAAAAAUAUUAUAAAUUCACUCAAGAACGAAUAUCACAAGCUCUUUAUGUCAUUAACAUGUAAUAUUGAUGGUGCAGCAGUUUACACAAGUAGUGAGCAAACUAUGUGGGCAUUUACAGCUUGUUUGAACGAACUAAAUCGAUCAAUACGUUUUAAUAUGGACAAAAUUAUAGUAUUUGCAAUAAGUGUAGGUCGUAAAAAACCUUCUAAAACAAUUAUGCAGAAGAUGUUGAUGCCUAUUGUAUCUAGUUUAAAGCAAUUACAGAAAUCUAGUUUAUAUCAAAUUUCUGAUUGUUCACAUCAGAUGUUACGUACUUAUUUGAUUGCUGUAAGCAAUGAUAAACCUGCUAAUAGUCUAGUUCAGAAUUUACCUGAGCCAAAUGCUCUGUUUGGUUGUUCUAAAUGUGAAAUUGCUGGAGAAACUACUCCAGCAAAAGUCUAUGCAACACCAACUAAAUCAGCAAAAAUAAAAACAACUUACAUUCGAAUAUUUCCAACAUCAACAGGUCGACAACCAGAAAUGCGAUCGAAUGCUAGAUGGUAUGAUAUUUCUCAUGCUACACAAAAUGGUAUUCGCUUUUUCAUAAAUGAUCACAAGUUACAUACGUAUGGUUACAUGGGAGAAUGUGAAUUAUGCGAAUUAGCCUUUAUUGAUCGUGGUAGUAGUUUCAUGAGUGAUACUUUACAUUCAGUCUAUCAUGGUGCAUUUAAAAAAUUACUUCACUUAUGGACAGAAUCUUCUAAAAAGCAGCCAUGGUCAUUGACAAAAGCUUUACCAUCGAUUGCUGGAGAUCUUGCAAAGAUACUCUAUCCUACAACGACAGUACGAGUACCAAGAACAAUUACAAAGUUUUUGAAAUUGAAAGCUAAUGAAUGUCGAGUAUUAUUAUUGAUCGGAUAUCCUGUCUUUAAAAAUUACUUACCGGAAUUAUAUUAUAAACAUUUACAAAAAUUAGCAUUUGGUAUUAGCAUUGGUGAAUCUUCCAGUAUUUCUUUGGAAAAGAUAGAAGAAAUGGAAUUAUUAUUAAAAAGUUUUGUUGAUGAUUUUCCAUAUAACAAACGUUACAUUGUUCAGACAGUUCAUUGUGUUAAACAUUUUGCUACAACAGCCAAAGAUUUCGGACCUCUCUCAAAUUAUAGUACUUUUAAUUAUGAAAGCGUUAUUGGAUGUUUAUCUUCAUCAAUACAUGGUACUAAAAGAAUUGGUACUGAAUUAUCAAUUAAUCUUGAAUUAUUUACAAAAGCUUAUUAUAUAUCAAAACAUCACAGUUUAUCUUCGGAACUAGAACCAUUUAUUGAAUAUGUGAAAACAGGGAAAAUGCAUCUUAAUAAACAAUUUCCUUCAAGCGAAUUUAUAUCUACACAAGAAUUAAAUUCCUUAUAUAAAUUCAUUCCAAGAGAAAGUAACAUAAAACUUAUGAAAUCAGUCGUACGUAAUGGUUUAGUUCUCUCAACAUUCAAAAGUUCAAAAUCAAGUACAUUUACAAAUGCUUGUAUAGUUUAUAAAUAUCAAAAUUUUAUAAAAUAUGGUAUAAUAGAAAAUAUUUUUCAUAUUACACCACAAGAUUUAUAUGUAUUAAAAGUACAGUUCCUUCAAGAUACAUACUAUGAUUCCAUAGCUUUUAAAUCCAAAACUUACGUCAAUGAACAUAUAAUAUACGGUCGUAUGUCAAACGAUGUAGAUGAUUAUCUAUAUAUUACCGAUGUUAUUGAAAAAGGUUGUUUUUAUGAUAACGGCAACAUAUGUUAUUUUGCUCGUUUUCCCAAUUUAUAUGAAUCAUCAUAA